GGUAUACUAUGCAACAUAUUGAAUUUAUUAAUAGGCUAUUUUUAUGUAGAAAAAUGUACAAAUCUACAAAAUGUAUCGAAAGUUUUUUUAUUUUCUGCCGUGUGCUUUACUCAGUUUAGUAAAAUAAAAAGGAGCAAAUCACACAGCACCUUUUUAAAGUAGAAAACAUUACAUUCGAGAUUCUAUACAACGUUCGUUUUUAUCUGUUGUCAGGAUCGUUGUCAUAAUAGUAAAUUGUUGACGAGCUGAUUUCAUUUGAAUGUGAAGUCAGUCAGCGAUGUAGAUUAAACUGAAUCACUUUGGCUUCUUUUAUUCUCCGGAUUCAGAGGGAAGGCCAUAUAUACCUCAAAGAGUUUUGCAUGGAAAAUGGAACAAAAUGAGAUUAAGAAGAGUGGAAGCGGAUAUAUAAGAUACAUCCUUGAGCAAGGGUCCAGUCAGAUUGCGCUCGGGCAAUUUUCUGAUUGGGACACAGUAGGAAGAAAAAAAGAGACUACUGAGAACAAGAGAUGUGAUUUCGGAUUUUACACGUAUGUUGCCAGCCUUACCGAGAACCCCCUGUUUGACAACUUUAUCAUGCUUACUAUCAUCAUCAAUGCUCUGUUCAUGGCUUUGGAGACGGACUAUCAUUUGAACUUUAAGCUAUACGGAUUCUUCGAGCUUUCAGACAACUUUUUCAUGGCAGUUUACACCAUGGAGUUUCUAAUGAAGGUGUACGUUGAACCGAAACAGUUCUGGACCAACGGUUACAACGUCUUUGACGUGAUCAUCCUCGUUGUCUCUCUGGUUCCAACGUUCGUGGGCGAUAACCUUGCCGAUUCCCUCACCUCUCUGCGCAUCGUUCGGGCGUGCCGCUCGUUGAGGGUGCUGAAAACGGUGUCUUUCAUACGCGGCCUGCAGGCCUUAAUUUCAGCUCUUUUCAAGACUAUGAAGAGCGUCUUCUUAGUACUCGGCCUGAUGUUUCUACUCAUGUACAUAUUCGCCCUCAUUGGAUUUUACAACUACGGUGACCCUGACACCGGAGAUCCCGAGAACUGGGGGAAUUUGGGCAGUGCCUUCUUCACGUUGUUCAGUUUAGUGACGGUGGACGGCUGGACCGACCUGCAGCAGAACCUGGACGACCUUGGCAUGGCUUCCAGCCGUAUCUUCACCACCGUCUUCAUCCUGAUGGGUUAUUUCAUUUUCUUCAACAUGUUCAUCGGCGUGGUCAUCAUGGAGAUCCAGCAUUCAACACAGAGCUUUGAGGCUCAGGUACAGAGCGAGCGGGAGACUUAUCUGAAUCAGAAGAAAUACGCCAUGAUCAAGCGCCAGAAAAUGGAGAUUAGAGAACUCAUGAUGAGCCAGACCAGCAAUGAGCGGAACUAUAAGCGGGUGGUAGAGAUGUUUAAGAAGUCUCUUCGUCACUCGGACUGCAUCGUGACGGAGGACCUGUGCUCCAGCUUGUCCUUCAUAGACAUCUACCUCGGCACCCUGGACCGCAACGACGCGACGGCGGAGAGGCUGCAGCACUUGUACUCCGAGGUGGUGCAGGUGCUGUGUGGGCUGCUGGAGGAGGACCUGCAGGACGCAGAGCAGCAGAAGAAGAAACACAGGAAGACCAAGACGGCCCGGCACGACCUUUAGCUCAGCUGGCUUCAUCGAUCACACGCCCUCUCCGAACCAGCUCUAUUUACAUACGGUAAUUAAAGAAUGGGACUGUGCCGCCAUGUGUUGCUGGACUGAUGGUGUGAGUUGCCUAGUGUCAUCAAAACGCGUAUUUGUCAUUGCAGACGCCCACGUCAUCCAAAGCCUUUCUCAAACUGUAAGGCUGGGUUCAAGAAAUAAGUUGAGUUCAUGUACUAAUGCUUUUACAGGGGCGGCAUUUGAACGUAACUCUCUAAAUGUUAACAAAUUAAACCUAAAUGAACAGAGCAAAAUGCUUUAUGAUCAUAUAGCUGAUUGUUCUUACCAUGGUAAUAUGGUCUAUAGCAACAGUGUUGCUUUGCAGUGGUCAGUUUUACAUCACAAAGUUCACUCCACAUAACUCUCACAUGUUCUUAUUGUUGGAUCUAUAUGUUAUUUGUGUAAUACGGAAACUGUAUUUGCAUUGUUCAUAUAUUAUAUAAUCCCAGAGAGAUUGAUAGACCGACAGUUUACUAUCUAUUUUUAAUCUAUGACCCAACAAUACCCUCUACUGGUUCAAAGACCACAAGGCAGUGUUAACCUAUGUAUAUAGGAUACCUUGUUUGCAUGUUUUCCAUUUAUUUGUUACUCUUUUUUAGGAUUGCUAUGCUGCGGUUUGUGUGGUUUUUGCUGCGAUGGUUUUCUACGUAGCUGCCCGGUGCUGAGAGGGCAGUAGUGUGUUCUUCUGAGUUUUAUAGGCUGGUGGAAUCCCCUUUGAGCAGUGGAACUUUAGAAGGAAGUCCACCACAAGCAAUGACUUCCCUUUGUGCAAAGUAAAGACCGUUCAAAUAUUUACAAGCUAUAAAGUGACAUUUUGAACUUUACCCUCAAAGUGAUAAUGCUGACAUACCUUUGGAGAUUGACUUACAACGUCAGUGGAGGCAAUUGUGGAAAGUUUGUGAGUGCGUUUAUGACAAUCAAGACAAUUG